AUGGGUCAGAAAAAACGCUUGAGAGACUUUGACGAGCCCCUAUCAUCCCCUAAACCAAAACUAUCAAGGUUGGUGCCACACCGGAUUGGAGGAGGGAGUGACCAUGCCGAGCAAGGCUUUGCAGUGGAAACCCAAAAUCGCUUCCAACCUCUAAUUGAUUUAGAAGCUACUCCGAUUCCGAUGACUCAAAAUGUUUCAAAUGUAAAGCCUGUAAAGGAGAAUACGAAAGAAAAACUCUCAUCGCAGGAUGAUGGUUUGGCAUCUGUUAUGGGGAGUUCCCCAGAUGUGAGCAGUUACACUUAG